UCUCAUGCCAUUGGCCGCCGGUCAUGUGACCAAAGGAAAGACUUUGUGGAAGCAAGAGUUUGUGAUUCUUCCUCCCAUCUCAGCUGAGAAGUCAGCAUGUGUUAGUGUGUGUGUGUGUGUGGGGGAGAAUGAGGUCUGUCAUCUGAGUCAGGUGGUGUGAUGAGCCUUGUGUGUUUGUUUGACUGUGGUGAGCUGAAGCGAGGAGGCGGGCGCGUGGGGGAGCUGAUCCGGCUUCCAGUGAGAGCAUGUCAGAGGCAGGAAUUCACAAGGAGUGCUCACACAACAACUCAUCAGGGUGAGAGGGAGGAAGGCUUGUAGGUUAGCGAGGAUUAUAUUGUUAUGUUAGGAAGUUGUGGACAGCAGCGUGCUCGUUAUGGAUGAUGCGGACUCUGCAGUAAAUCUGGACAGUGUGGCUACCUCAGCACACUGUGGAGGUGCAGACCCAGCAAACGCUGCCAGAAACGAAGAGACAGUAAACUACAAUAUGGACAGUGUGGACAAUGCAAACGCAAUAGAAACUGCCAAAGAUGAAGAUAUUACCGGUCCAGCCAUCAUGGACAAGGCGGGGGACGACGCCCCGUGUGCUGACACCGUCGGUGCUGAGGGGAGCACGGACAGUGCUGAUGUUACAGACAGCAGGAGCGUGGAAACUGAUGACACUGUGGACAGUAUGGAUCAAAGUGCCAAGGGCGACAGUAACGGCUGCGAGAGCGACGGCGACAGCACCAGCGAGAGCACUUGUCUGGAGGCCAUGACGCCUGACGGGCAGGACUACUACCUGAGGCUGGGCGAUACCCCUCAACGCCGCUCUGCCCUGCGUCUCUCACGCAUCAUUGCCCGCCAGCAGCUGCUACGGAGGCUGGCACAAGAGAUUGAGGCUAAGGAGGCUUGUGAUUGGCUUAGAGCUGCAGGAUUUCCACAGUAUGCCCAGCUCUACGAAGAUUCCCAGUUUCCAAUUGAUAUUUCCUCAGUGAAAAGGGACCAUGACUUCUUGGACCGGGAUCUGGUGGAGCCUCUGUGUCGACGUCUAAAUACUCUGAACAAGUGUGCCUCCAUGAAACUGGAUGUCAGCCACCCCAAGAAGAAAGGUGAUGACUCUGAUGAAGAUGACCCGUUGGCUAUCAGCAAACGUUGGACAUUCGAGUGGAGUAGCCGACGCUGGUCUCGCCUACAAGACUUCCUGUUGGACAGCACCAAUGAAAGCAGCCCGACGGGUCAGGGGGAGGAGGGUCUGCGCAGCACAGUGAGCAGUGAGAGCGUGCUGACGGACCUGAGCGAGCAGGAGAUCACAGAAAUCUCCUCGCUGCACAGUGAGGACUCCGCCUCCGCCAUGCCUGACUCUAUAUCUAUGGCAUCCCUUUCCGCUUCCUACCAACCGCCAAGGGAACUCCCACACUACAACUCCCUGCCAAUCAAGAGCAGCCGCCAUGGGCAAGGAGGGCGGAGCAAAGCCAAAGAGUUUUUGCGUCGAAUGGAAAUGAUGCGCACUUGGGGGCCAUCCACAAGGCGGAAAAGCUCAAAUCGCAGGCCGCCGCUGGUCAUCAGCGGGCCGGUGUUACAGGGGGAGGAGCCUCAGGCACUGCAGAUGCUUCAGUGUACUCCCAUCAGCCAAUUAGAGCACAGCCCUAAACACAUCCAUGAAACUGAUGGAGACACUUCUCCUGUCAGCCUUACCAAUGAUUGUAAAGACCAAUCCAUGGUGAGUGUGAGCCCCAGCAGUGAGACAGUGGCGCCCAAUGUAAAGGCACCUGUGUGUACAAAACCCCGCACUGCCAGCAAGAGAAGCAGCAUGUAUCUGGAGGAUAUGGAGCUGCCUUCUCAGGGUAAGAGGACUGAAGGGCAGAGCCAGUUUGGCAGAAACCAGUUUCACUCAUAUGAAAACCUCCUUAUUCACAUCCCCAAAGACCAUAAGCCAGGCACCUUUCCAAAAGCUCUAUCCAUAGAGAGCCUGGCACCUUCCCCUGGCGACAAGAACAAUGGCUCUCAGACACAGGCCCAGACUUCUCCACCCAACAAUGGCCUGGGUGAGCCCUGGUCUGGUAAACCUCUUUCCAAGCCCCCCUGUCCUGGAGCGCCACGGGGCAGCAGGGCGAGUGUUUAUGACAACGUGCCGGGCUCCCACCUGUACGCCAGCACAGGAGACCUGCUGGACUUAGAGAAAGAGGACAACCUGUUCCCUCACCUGGAUGACAUCAUCCAGCACGUCAGCGGCCUGCAACAAAUAGUGGACCACUGGAGCCGCAGCGUGCUGCCCGAGGGUGAGACAGGGGAGGGGGAGGAGGAAGGGGAGGGCAGGACCACCCCCAGCGAAGGCGAGAGAGAUGGCGUCUCCUUGAAUGACACCGAUUCAACAGGGACCAGUCGGGAGAGGCGGGACUCUGGAGUUGGGGCCUCACUGACAAGACCACGUCUGCGAUGGCCCAGCUUCAGAACCUCUGAUCAUCUCAACCAGCCAGCUUCCUCACUGCAGAUCGGCAGCCAAUCAGCAGGCCAGCUCAGCCUGCUGCAGAAGUUCUCUUUGCUCCGCCUCACCGCCAUCAUGGAGAAAUACUCUAUGUCUAACAAACACGGCUGGACAUGGUCUGUGCCCAAGUUUAUGAAGCGCAUCAAGGUGCCAGACUACAAAGAGAAGAGUGUGUUUGGUGUUCCCCUCAUCGUCCAUGUCCAGCGUUGUGGUUUUCCGCUCCCUCUGUGUUUACAGCAGGCCCUCAGCCACCUCAGAACACACUGUCUGGACCAGGUGGGAUUGUUCCGUAAAUCCGGCGUGAAGUCUCGUAUUCAGGCUCUGAGGCAGCAGUGUGAGCUGUCCCCUGACUCUGUGAGCUACGAGGACCAGUCGGCCUACGACGUAGCCGACAUGGUCAAGCAGUUCUUCAGAGACUUGCCUGAGCCUCUGCUAACAAGCAAGCUGGGGGAAACUUUCCUGCAUAUUUACCAGUACGUCCCAAAGGAGCAGAGGUUGCAGGCCGUCAGAGCGGCCAUUUUGCUGAUGCCAGACGAAAACAGGGAGGUCCUGCAGACGCUGCUCUGCUUCCUGCGUGACGUCACUUCCUUGGUGGAGGAGAACCAGAUGACACCAAUGAACCUGGCCGUUUGCCUGGGACCUUCGCUCUUCCACCUCAGCAUACUGAAGAACGAGACGCUGUCGCCAAGGUCAAUCCAGAGGAAGUACACCACAGGCCGUCCCGAUCAGAAAGACCUGAAUGAGAACCUGGCCGCCACUCAGGGCCUGGCGCACAUGAUCACUGAGUGCCAGCGUCUGUUCCAGAUCCCAGAGGAGAUGGUGACGCAGUCUCGCAACUCGUACAUGGAGGCUGAGCUGAUGGUGCCCCCGCUGGACGAGCUGUGCAAGGCUCACGAGGAGGAAGUGGAUGAGGAAGAGGAAGAGGAGGAUGAGGAAGGAUCCUAUCAUACACACCUAGAAAGCCUGGUCCAGAACCUGCUGAAAGAAGCCAGGGAUAAGAGCAAAGGCUGGGUGUCUCGCUCAACUACUGACCACACCGAACUGGCAUUUAAAAAGGUAGGGGAUGGUAACCCUCUGAGGCGGUGGCGAGUGUGUGUGGAGGUGUCCGCAGCUCCCAGUGAGGUGCUGCAGCGGCUGCUGAAAGAGCGCCCUCUGUGGCAGACCGAACUACAGCAGGAGAAGGUUCUGGAGACGCUGGAUAAACAGACAGACGUGUACCAGUACUCCUGCCGCAACAUGGCGCCUCAGCCCAGCUGUGACUACGUGGUACUAAGAUCAUGGCGUACAGACCUGUGCAAAGGCUCAUGUGCGCUGGUGUGUGUGUCCGUCGAACAUGACGACAGCCCACGCGUGGGAGCGGUGAGGGGGGUUGUGCUGGAGUCACAGUACCUCCUCGAGCCCUGUGGGACGGGGAGGACGAGGCUCACCCAUAUCUCCAGAGUGGACCUCAGGGGGAGGUCUCCAGAAUGGUACAACAAAGCGUUUGGUCACCUGUGUGUUAAUGAAGCCCAGAGGAUCCGCUCCUCUUUUCACCCUCUCGAUCAGACGAGCACUGAGGCCAAGAGCUGAACCCCAGAAAUGAAGCUUUUUUUUUCUUUUAAAUCUUGGGUCACACUGCCAGAGCAGCUGGGCAAGACACCCAGUGACCCAGGAGCGGGAGUCAUCCAGGCAACGGACUUUGGUGUCUUUUCAUGCUGCUGAGCCACACUGAUCAUUACUGUACCAUACUGUGCUGAGUUACAGUCAUUCACACACAAAGAAGAGAGGGGUAUUUUUCUCAUGUAUUCCAGUAAUUCUGAAUAUCACUACUUAUUUAUUUUCCAAGCCAUUUUUUUCAUACCAUAGAACAAACGUGGGUUUCCAAAUAUGAAACAACUUAUUGUCUUUUACCAGCCGCUGAUGUUUCGUAUAAUUGGCUCUUAACCAUGUGCAUUAUUAGAUGGGGUAUUUUCAGUAUUUAUUGCUCUGGCUCAUUCUUCAAAAUCCUCACCUAAAAAUACAAUAUCUUGCAAAAAAUAAAAAUAAAAAAGGAAAAGAAAGAUGAUCCAAUGAAUCAGGCAGCAUCAGCAGGUUGGAUCAUGAGACUGUUUUUCUAUAGUGUUGGUAAAUGUUUAAUCUCCAACACCUUCAUUUGAUAUCACUUUAACUGUUAUUGUAAUAGAUUACCUACCGGAAGCUUACACAUAACUAUAACUGAUUUUGUAGAAGACUAUGUGUGAUCCAAGUUGGCAUGAAAGUUCUCAUAUUUAAACUAAAAAACCUUUAUUUGUAUUGAUUACUCUGAGGAAUCUAUCUUAACCCCAUCUCUGUAAAGUGCCACAUGGCCUGCCUGCAAUAUACAUGAGCAAUUUGAUUGAAACUGUUUAGAACAAUUUCUCUUCUCAGAUGUUUUAUUGACUAGAAGUGAGAAAACAGAUCCUAUUCACCCCUGAUCUGAUUUAAUCAUUGUACAUUUUAGAAAAGCAGCCACACAAACAACAUCAUCAAUAUCUGAUGAUUACAUCAUAUACACGAUUAUUCAUUGAUUUAAACUGGACCUCCCUGACCUACAUCAGCACAAAUCUGUGGAGCCUGCCACAGAUGCUGUAAAGACACAAAUCCCUGUCUACAGGAAUAACCAGGAUCAGUACAAUAUGGGUACAUGACAGCACAACAUUGUGAAAAGUGCACUAGCUUCAGGACAAACAAGUACGUGAGGGAUCUGGAUCACAGAAAGGGGAAACACUCAUCGGGUCCAUAAAUGUGCUUUAACCCUGUUAUGGAUACAUUGUGUUGGAUAUCACUGUUGAUUUAGUCCUCUGUCAUUAUUUUCACUAUUUUCAGUGUUAAUCUUAUCUAAAUGAAAUGUUAUUUUAAAGUUAUUAUUGUCAGUAUAUCUCUGUAUAUGGUAUCAUUGUUGCUUUUCUUUUAUUAUUUUUGCUGUCAUGUUAUACAAUGUCUAAGACAUGUGACCAUUUCACUGCUUCUGGGAAGCAUGUUUGAAAUUUUGCAUGUGUGGGUGUGUGCAUGGAUGUACCUGUGUAUCUGCGUUUUAGAUAUACGUACAGCCUGUAUUGUAAAUAUAUAUAAAUAUAUAUAUAUAUACAUGA